AUGGUUAGAACUAACAGGGAAAUUUUAUCCGGUGGAAAACAGUAUAAACAAAAGGUCUCUAAACAGCAUGGUACAACUGAGGUGAACUUCGAUAAAGACUCACGUUUGGAGUUCUUAAAUGGGUUCCAUAAGCGGAAGGUAGCGAGGAAGAAGAAGGCACAAGAGUUUGCUAAAGAGCAGGAGAGGUUGAUGAGGCUUGAGGAGAGAAAGAAGAUCAGAGAAAGCAGAAAAGCUGAGAUGGCGGAACAACUAAAGAAGCUGAAAGAGUCUAUGCUAGCUGUUGGGGAUCUCGAGGACGACAAUAAGAAUAAUGAAAAUGAGGAUGAUGAGACUCGAGAUUCUGACGUUGAGUCCUGGCACGGGUUCUCAGACGAAGAGGACGAUGGAGAAACAUCGAUAAAGCCAAUAUUGAAGAAGCACCGGGAAGUAUACGAGAAUGAUGCCACGGUUUACAUUGAGCCUAUGGAGCCAAACGAUAACUUUACGUUCUUGAAGCAUUAUAACGUUAGUUUGGAAAAGUCUGAGAAGGUACUUGAAGAGAGCAUUAAUAGAGCCAAGAAAUACGCGAAAUUCCUAGGAAUGGAAGAGAAGUAUUCUAAGCCAAAGAAGAGAAGAUCAAGGCGCUGA